AUGGAACCUCUUCACGUAGAAGUUGUCAAACAAAAACGAAGCACAGCUAGUAAGGAUUACAUUAUAGAUGUAGUCCAUAAUUUUUUAAGUAAUCUUAAUUCUAUAAAACCUGGUGUUAUUCUACACAAACACGACUUAGAAGCUUACGAAUUAAAGGAUCACAUUCAGUCAAUCGCUUUUGGUAAUGUUGAACAUGAAGUCAUUCCAACUGAUUGCGAUUUUAUCUACCAUGUAUAUACAUUGGAUUCCUUUGGAUGCGAGACGGACACCAUGACAGAUAAUGCUUCUGGAGAAGAUAUUGCUGCUACUGAAGUCUGGGCACUGCCAGCGGAUGAGUUUCAUGGACUUUGGGAAAGUCUUGUGUAUGAUUCAAAGUUAAAAGAAGACUCUCUGCGGUUUAUUCAAACAGCAUUCGAGUUUUCCGACCGAGGUGUGGAUCCUAACUUAAUUGGCUGUAAUCGCGUUGUUCUUCUACAUGGACCUCCUGGUACAGGUAAAACGAGCCUCUGUCGUGCACUGGCUCAAAAGCUUGCCAUUCGCUUAAGUGAUAGAUUUCCCAGAGCCCGCCUUCUUGAGAUAAAUAGCCAUGGCUUAUUUUCAAAGUGGUUUUCAGAAAGUGGUAAACUGGUUGCUAAGGUAUUUGAUCGAAUAAGAGAGAUUGCAGAAGAUAAAAAGUUACUUGCAUGUGUGCUUAUCGAUGAGGUAGAGUCACUAGCACAUGCUCGUCAGGCUGCUAUGGCUGGUCUAGAGCCGUCUGAUUCAAUACGAGCUGUAAAUGCAAUUCUCACUCAACUAGAUAGACUUAAACGACAGCCAAACGUCUUAGUACUUACUACAUCUAAUGUCACAGGAGCAAUUGACAUUGCAUUUGUAGAUAGAGCUGAUAUUAAAUGCUUGGUAGGACCACCAUCAGCGCAUGCAGCCUAUGAGAUCCUUCGAGGAUGUUGUGAAGAAUUGAUGCUAAGAGAAGUUAUAAUACCUAGGGAAAUAUUGUGUUCACUACAAGUGCUGGAGACAGUUAAUUUUUCGGACACAGAUGGGUCUCGCACGUCCUUACGCUUACGAGAGGUGGCAUGCGCAGCAGCGGCAGCUGAAGUAUCAGCGCGUGCCCUCCGCCGUCUUCCUUUCCUUGCCCGCGCUCUUUAUACUAGGACCGAAUCUAAUUUGACGAACUUCAUUGAUGCUUUAAAUAAAGCUUUAGUAAAGUACCUUAAGGAUACAAGUGAUUUAAUACAUUAG